ACGCACCGUGUAGCGCAUGCGCAUUGUGUAGGUUACGGCGGCAAGGCGCGAGGUGGACGUUGAGCACUGAGUGAGUUCUGACAGAGAGAAAGGCUCCAGUCUUCCUUGGUGAUUCCACUGCUCUGUAAAGAUGGACUUCCAGCACAGAGCCGGUGGAAAGACCGGCAGUGGCGGGGUGGCUUCGGCCUCCGAGAGCAACCGGGACCGGCGAGAACGCCUGCGCCAACUCGCUUUAGAAACCAUAGACAUCAACAAGGACCCUUACUUCAUGAAGAACCAUUUGGGCUCUUACGAGUGCAAGCUGUGUCUCACACUUCAUAAUAACGAGGGGAGUUAUCUGGCUCAUACACAGGGAAAGAAGCACCAGACUAAUUUAGCACGAAGAGCAGCUAAAGAGGCCAAAGAGGCUCCGGCCCAACCAGCGCCUGAGAAAGUAAAGGUGGAAGUGAAGAAGUUUGUAAAGAUCGGGCGACCAGGUUACAAAGUAACGAAACAAAGGGAUCCAGAGAUUGGUCAGCAGAGUCUGCUCUUUCAGAUUGACUAUCCUGAGAUUGCAGAGGGAAUUGGACCCAGACACCGCUUCAUGUCCGCGUAUGAGCAACGUAUUGAGCCUCCAGACCGUCGCUGGCAGUAUCUGCUUCUGGCAGCCGAGCCCUACGAAACUAUUGCAUUUAAGGUCCCGAGCAGAGAGAUAGACAAAUCAGAAAGUCGCUUCUGGACUCACUGGAACAGAGAAACGAAACAAUUUUUCCUUCAGUUCCAUUUUAAAAUGGAGAAGCUUCUGCCUCAGCCUGGCGGACAGGCAGCUCCUGCCACCAUCAAGCGCCCGCCUCCUCUGAUGACCGGCCUCGGUGCUCGACCGCCCACUGACGCCAUGCCCCCACCACCACCCGGAGGAAUUCCAGGGAUGCCCCCCCCUCCACCCCACGCCCCUCCACAGAUGUCCCAUGCCUCUGGCAUGCCUCCUCCUGGUGCUCUGCCACCCCACCUGCGUCCACCGUUACCUGCUGAUGGACCACCAAGCAACUGAGUGUGACGCUUAGGAGUUUUUAUUGGAUUUGAGAGGAUUUUUUUUUUUUGCAGGUUUCUGUGAACUUCCUGAAUCGGUCUGAUUUUUGUAUAUAAGAACAGUGGGUGUGCAUACAUCAGGUGUGUGGGUUAUUGUUGGUAUUUGUAUAACUGCAUUCCUGCUCAGAUUAGAGCAGCCUCCUGUUGGAUGGCUUGAUCUUCAAGCUCUACUCUACAGUUUAAAGUAUUUUCUUUGUUUAUUGAUAUUUCUGAUGUGAAACCAUCUCAGCCACCUCACCCUAACAUCAACAAAUUGUUUGUAGCUUUUUUUAAAUUUUUUUUUUAUAUAUAUAUAUAAACGAUUAUUAAAAUCUUAUAGUGGUUCAUGUUUUCUCAAGUGCUGCUGUUUUUGUUUGGUCUGACCGUUCUGGGUUGCACUCUUGUUGCUGUGUAUCUAACACACCCGAUGAUAAUGUUCAAAAAGUCAUAAAUGUGCUUACAGUCCUGCAUCGGGUAUAAAUGUUAUGGUAAAUGGUCUGAACUUAUAUAGCGCUUUUUUUUUUUUAUCUAAGCAGUUCCAAAGCACUUUACACUGGUUCUCGUUUACACACACGCACACCAAUGGUAGCAGAGCUGCCAUGCAAGGCUCUAGCUUGCCAUCGAGAGCAACUUGGGGUUCAGUCUCUUGCUCAAGAGCACUUAGGCAUGUGGAGUCCUGUGGGCCGGGAAUCGAACCGACAACCCACUCUACCACGCUUUACCAGGCAGCAGUACAUAAAUUAUAUAUGUGCCAUUGAAAUAGCUUUUGAUUUGAAAUAAUUUGAUUGUAAUAUCUUGAAGGCUGGUUUCAAUAAGAUGUACAGUAGCUGUAAAGAAAUUAGAAAGAAAUUAGGUUCUGACAAAAUCCAAUAGGAUUAUAAAUACCCUAUUUAAAAUGCACUCAGAAUCUGAUACAAAGUUAGUUUUUGACACUUGGGAUGUAGUGGCGUGAAAUGUCAAUAAUGUGAGCAAUCAAUAGAGAUAUUGGCUAGCAGUAUUUAUACGUUUAUGAAAAGAUUAAAUAUGAGUUAUAAUUGAUGCACUGCUUUAGAACUGUUAUUUUGUACAUUUAUUUAGUACACAAAAUAAUGUGUUUUGUAUAACAUGGAAUAGCUAAUGCAUUAUUAUACAACAAACAAAUCUUAAUGCAGGUAUGUGAUCAAUAAAUACUGCCUAAAACUAAUAAUAGGUGAGCCAGUAGUGCUAUAUUCAGUAUAGAUCUAAUAUCGUUUCACAAAGUGAUGUUAAUUCCAGCUAAAGGAAAAGAUGACAGCUCUACAGUUUCUGGAUUGAUCCGGAGUUUCUCCAUGUACUCCAUCUGUCCAUGUGGAUUUCCUCUGGGUUCUCUAGUUUUCUUCUACCUCCCAAAAAACAUGAUGGUAGCUGAAUUGUCUGUUAUGUUGCUCCUAGGUGUGUGUGUGUGUGAGAGAGAGAGAGAGAGAGAGAAAAUGGAGUCCUGUGAUGGAAUGUAUUCUUGCCUUGCAUCUAGUGAUCCUGAGAUUGCUUUGGAUCCACUGUGACCCUAACCACGAUAAUGCAGUUACUGAAGAUAAAUGAAUGGAAAACGAUCAUGUCCUAAAAACAAAG